UACUAACAAUUACACUAUAAAAGCGAUAUUAACCAUAGUAAAAUGAUAUCUAUAAAAGUUAAAGAACGUUAAACAUCUACUUUCAUUCUGCUUAAAAAUCUUAAAAAGUUCCUAUUGUCGUAUUUGCGGUUAUGUUUGUCAAGGGUUUAAUUUAUUUUAAUAUACAUAUUUUUAAAGUAUAAAUGGUGCCGAAUCCUCAAAAAUUUUAUAAAUGAUUUGGGAAAACACAACGCUAUUUUUAUAUAUCUACCACGUCACUCAACUAAACGGGAAAAUAUACUUUAACGGUAAAAUAUGUGUUCAUCAGAACUUUUAAUUUUAUAAUCUGAACAAAACAUGUCAGAUAAAAAAGUGGAUACAGAAAUUGUGCGAAAGCAAUAUACAGAUGAUGCAAGUUUUAUUGAUGAAUCUGAAAUUAUUGAUGUGUCUGUUUUUGAUUUUGAUAAUAUCGAUAGCUGGUUGUAUAUACCAACAGAAUAUAAAGGAAAACCCAUUGUUCAUGAUUUAUAUACUUGGUUAAAGACUGACCCAGAGUUAAGUUUUUCAGCUAAUAAAAAAUCUAUUGAUACAAGAACAUUUACAAGAUCCAAGAAACGAUCUUGUAAAGCUAGUUUUGAAUCUAUUUUGGAACCUUUAUCUUCACCUGUAUCAAAUACAUGGAGAACUUCAAAUUUUUCAAAUAUAGAAGAAGAUUUAAGUAAAUAUUCAGACAUGUCUACUGCCAACAAAGAAGAAAUUGUGCCUCCUAUGUUAAAAAUGCCAUCUAAUACAAAUGUUAAUCUUUUUGCUGAUGAGCCUAUAACAUCAGGUCAAGAAAGCAUGGAAGUAUUCUUAAAUAUGUCUCAUUUAAAAGGAAUUGAUUCAUUUAUUAAUUUGAUGGAAACUGGUCUUAGUGAUCCAUUAAUGAAUGUUUCACAACCUUCCAUUUUUUAUUCAUCUAUCACUUCAUUACCUAGAGAUGAUUCAUUAUGUAAUACAGAAUGUGAUAAAGAUGAAAAAGCUUCAAAUAUGGUCCAUUUAUAUAACCAAGAAAUUAAAAAGUGUGAAAGUUUAAGAAAUUCAGACAUAAAUGAAACUUUUUUGAAAAAUAAAGAAUCGGACAAUAAUAAAAGUUACUGCCUGAACAUAGGGAAUAAAACAUUUAUAAAUGAAUUUGAGACUGAAAAAGAAUUAAAUGAAACCUAUAGUGCUAAUACAACUUCUGCAAUGGUUGUAGUAUCAAAUUCAGAUAAAAAUAAAUCUAAUAUAACUAAUUUGUCUUCCAUAUACGUAAAUAAAAUUGAUAAUAAUAUAAAAAUGUUAGAAUCAGAAAAUAAUGAAGAAAAAGAAUCAUAUAAUUUAAAUACAACAUAUCCUUCUGCUUCUCAAAAAGCAGAAGAUUUAUUUAUUUUAGAUACUACAUAUUGUACAACUAAUACUGAAAAAGCAAUAAAUAAUAUAACUUCAAAUGAUAAAAAUGACAUGCACUAUAAUAAAGAUCAAAUGUAUGCAUUGGAAAAAACCACAGUUCAUGAUUCAUCAAAAAAUAUGGUUGAAUUUCCCAUACCUCCUACAAAUUCCUCUUUUUCAUUAAUUCAUGAUGAUGCUUUAAAUUCUAUGUUCAAAUUGCCUAUUCCUCUUUGUAAUCAAUCAACUCCUAAAAAUACAACUAUGUUAAAUUCUACAUAUCGAAUGAAUAAAAAACAUUUAGCAUCAUUUCAAAUGCAUAAUACAGUAUUAAAUUCGACAUUCAAAGCACCAACAUUAUUGAGGAAAGAAUUAUUAGCAGAAAUAUACAAAACCGGAGAUCAUAAACUAGAUUGUACAUUUAAUCAUGUAGUUAAAGAACAUCAAAGUGAAAAGCCUAAGAAGGAAAUUGAUGAGAUUCCAAAUCAGAAUGCUAAAAAUGAUAUUCCUGUAGAGAAUAAAUAUAAUACAUAUAAAAAGGAAUCAUCUAUUAAAAUAAAAUCUUGUGCUGAAAUAGCAGAUGAAACAAAUGUUUGUAUUAAAAAUUCAACAGACAAAAAGUACUAUACAUUUACUAAAAAAAGUAAUAAUCAUGGUGGUAAAACUGAUAUGGAAAAUGCAGAAUCAUUUGAUAAUGUGGAUACUACAUUUAUAAAGCCAUUUUCAAAAUUGCAGAAACGAAAGCAACAUAUUCCGCGAGCACUUUCAAAAUUACCACAGUUUCUUCAAAAGUCUAAUCCUAAUCUUGUAUCUAAUUCAUUGAAAACUGUUAACAUGACAGGAUGUACAAAUGCAUCUAAUUUUGGUUAUAUGAAAGGUUCACAACCAAAUAUUGUAAGAGAUAUUGAAAAAAGUGUAGUAAAUAAAUUUUGUUCUUUUGGAAAAAUGAAAAGCGGUUCGGAACAACGACUUUUGGAACUAAAUACAGGUAUAGAAGAACUUCAAAUUUUGGGUGGUGGAGGAUCUACAGAAAGUAUUGAAAGUACACAGAGUGCUCAUAGUGCACCUGAUUUAGAUGAUAGACUCAGUACUUGUUCAGAUAGUAGUCACAAUUCAUAUAGGACACAGCCAAUGAAUAUUGAACAAUUACAUCAGAUAGUAAAGAUGCAAGAAGAAAGUUUGAAACAAGAUGUAACAUCUCAAUUGAAUAGACGAGUUUUAGAAAAUGCCUGGGUUGAUAUGAAAAAAGAUUUACCUUCUCCUAUAUUAAAAAAUAAUGUUAAUUGUGAUGGUGAUUCGCCAUUGAGUAUGGAUUUUAAUGUUAAAACAAGUUCUCCAAUAAUAAGUCCCACAAAAUCUAGUCAAUCAAAUAUUGGUGGUCAUCCUACGGAAACUGUAUUAAAACAAUCGAAUGAAACGGAUAUGAUAAAGAAAGUUGAAGUUUUUAAUAAACCAAUUGUUGAAAACAAAACAAGACUGCGACCACCAAUGAAUUGGAAGACUGGGAAUAGAUCUUCAAAUCUUACAAGUGCUAUUCCCAGACCACCAUCGCGUAUACCAGGACCUAGAUUUGGCAGGUCAACCAUAAAAAAUAUCCCAGGUGAUAUAAAAAAAGGAGAUAUGUAAAAUUAUAAAGAAUAUUCAUAAUCAAAGUAUGCAUUUUUAAAUAAUAUUUCUAAUUUAAUUUAUAUUCAUAUUACAAUAUAUCAAUAUAUAUUAAAUUAGUAAUAUUUAAAAAUGCAUAUUCAUAUUGUAAUCAAUAUUAUAAUAUGUAUAAAAGACGUUUUAAGUUAUGAUCUUAAAGGAAGGAUUUCCAAAUAUAAUAAAAUUCAGUAUUAAUAUAUUUUCAAGAAUAAUAAAUUAAAAUUGAAUUUAUAUCACAUUCUCAAUCUUAUUAUUUUUGUUUUUAUUUUAAUACCUGUUUAUUUUUUUAAAACAAUAAUAAUUAAAAAUUAAAUUUUUUUGUCAUGAAUAGUUUGAUUAAUGAACAGAUUAAUUAAAAUUUUUAAUAUCGAGAGAUCUGUUGAAAAAUUAUUUAGAUUAUAUUGUUUUAUGAUAGUUUUUAAUUAUUUACUAGUUUGAUUUUAUUUAAAUUACUUUGCUUAAAACUGCGAUCUUUUAAACCAAAAAUUACUUCUCUAAACUUUUAUUUCUUCAAUAAUUAUUUAUAAAUGCUUACAUUUCAAUUUAAAUUAUAUUGAUUUUUAUCUAUUGCAAAAAUGCAAUAAUAUAAUAAAUGUGAAUUGCUACAUUUGCAGCAUAAGAUGAGCCCCAUUACAUGUGUAAAAAUAUAAAAAUAAUUUUUUUUAUAAAAAUAUUGUUAAAUAUAAAAUAAAAUUGCACAUCACAAGAAUAUAUAUAUAUAUAUAUAUAUAUAUAUAUAUAUAUAUAUAUUGUAUAUUGUAGUUGCAUGAUUUAUAAUAUACCAAUAAAAUGGUCUGUAUAAUUAUAAAAAACAUUUUUUAUAUUGACAUUUUUAUAAAAUUAUUGCCAAAAAUAUCAAUGAAAAUAGAUUGAUAUAAAAAAUUUUUAAGGAUAAGAAAAUAUUUAAAAAUAAAUUUAUUUUAUAUAAAUAUCAUAGAGAAAUAAAUUCAAAUUCCAUUUAAAAAAAAAAAGAAAAAAAUUGAACAAAAAAAUUAUUAAUGAAAUAAAACAUAUAAAAAUAUGAAAUUUAUAUUAAGUAAAAAUAUAAAUUUUGGAAAUAUAUUAUGAAGAUUUAAAAUUUAAUCACAUAUAAUAUACACUUUUAAUAAUAUUUAAAAUUAAAAUUAUCUCAUUUUAUUUGUAGUACUGAUAUAGUACUACAUUCAUUUAAAAUACAUAAGUGAUCUAUAUUCUAAAUUAAAUUGGGCAUACAGUAAUUUAUGGUAUAUCAUUAAAUCUAUGCAAUAUUUUUGUAUAUUUUUGAUAUUCUUAAAUAUAAUUUCUUGUUGAUUUGCAAUACUAUAUUUUUAAUGAUAAUUUUGUAUUAGCUUCUAUAUUCUGGAAAAAAAUGUUUUUAAAUAUAAGUGAAAAAUUAAUAGAAUGCUUUUAUAAUUUUAUUAAAUUUUAUCUCUUUUUAAUUUAUAAUUAUCAAACAUUAAUUGCAAAAUUGUUCGCAUAUCAUAGUAUAUGAUCUACGUGCUACAAACUGUAAUUUCUAAUAAUCUUAUUUAUAUAUUACACUACAUAUUUUGUAUGUUGACAAUUAAAAAUUUAAAUUGUACGUAUUGAAUGUGUAUAUAAAAUAUUUCAAGCUGUAGAAGUGUCUUUUGAUACGUUCUAAAUAGCCUUUCAUUAAAUAAUAAAAUAUGUAAUUGAUUUGAAAUUAGAAAAUAUAAUUCAUAAUAAAUAAAUUUAUUAAUUUAUAAUAAAUAAUAAAAAUGAGAAACUAAAACAUUUAUCAAAAUGUAUUAACUGUAUUUAAAAUAUAUAGUAAGCUCUUUUUUGAAUAGUAUUAUUAUACUCAAUUAAAUAUUUUUUUUUGUUUUAAAUUAAAUAUUUUAAAAUAAUAUUUUAUAUGUAAUUUUUAACGAAAUAAAUAUUUCAUGUAACAAUUUUUGUUUUACAUUAUGGAGCUUACUAAAUAAUGUAUACAAUAAGUAAUUAUUUAUUGUAUAUUUUAUUUCCGUCCUAAAAUAUCAUUUAAUGCAUCAAAAAAUUUAAAAUUGUUAAAACACAUAUGUUUACGAAAAAUACAUUUUCAAAAAAAAAAAAAGAAAAAAAUAAGUAUAUAUAUUUUGAAUUCAAGAUAAUAUUUUAAUGUUGCUGAUGAAAUAAUAUACUAUGAUAAAUACAUUACAUAUCAAAACUUUGUAAAAAUAAAUUGCUAAAGAAAUAAUAUUUAUAAUUAGAAUAUCUGUAAAGGGUUCUGUUAUACAGUCUUUAGAAUUUACAAAUGAAUAGACAUAAAUAAAAUAAAACAAUUUCUGAUAUUUUCAAAAGAUUCAAUUUUAGAAAAAACUUUGCAAUAUUAUGCAAAUGAUUCUUUAAAGAUAUUCUAUAUUCACGAACAAGACUAUUUUAUAGUCUUCGAAAUAUUUUAAGUUUCUUUAAAUCAAGUUUGUGAACGAUUUGUACUAAUAUUCUUAUAUUUGAUGCUUUAAUAUUCCUCUUCUGUAAUUCUUUGCUCGAAGUAGUAACAGCAAGAGGAAUAAUAAAUAAUUCAUUAAUAUAAAUUUUAGAAUUAUACAUAAUUGCAACUAAUCUAUUUGUCAAUGAAUUUAUUAAUGCUACAUAUUUUAUGGCGAAUCGUUGCGCUUGUUGCAUUAUGUUUGAAUUUUUAACAUAUAAAAAUGAAUUUAUAAUUAUUUUAUGGAAUAUAAUACAAAAUAUAUUUGAUCGUAUUUUAAAAUGUUAAUUCUUAAUAUAAUAUAUAAUGCGAAAUUAAUUCAGCAAUUUUAUAUAACUGGUAAAUGAGGAUUGAAUUUAUAGAAAUAGAAGAAAAAAUUAAAAGAUCUAGUUUUAUAUGACAUAAGUUUAAAUAUAUUUAAAAUAAUAAACAAAAAGAUAAAAUUAGUAAAAAAAUAAUAACGUAUUUAAUAAAAAAUAUGAAUAAUAUGAAAAAAAAAAUAAAAAUACAAAUAAGAUUUUUGAAUAGUAUUUUUUUAUCAUUUCUUUUUCUUAUUAAAAAAAUCCACGGAAAAAAUUAAAAAUAUAUAUUGAUGUAAAUAAUAAACAAAAAAAUAAUCGUGUUAUAUUCUUUUUAUGUUUUUAAAUUUUAGACCUUAAGUGCCUUUAUUGUAUUUCAAUACAAAAGAACUUUUUUGGAAUAUUUAAUGUGCAUACUAAGGAAUCUAAAUAUUUGCUCAUUAAUUUUAUUGUUCAGUAUUUAUGUAAAAAUUUCAUGUGAUGUUUUUGUAUUGAAGAUAAUACUAAUAAAAAUUUUAUGGUAAUAAAUA